UGAACAAAAAGUGCAAUCGGAGAUAAUAGUGUUGGACAUUGAUGUCUGAAUAACGGAUGCUGGAAACUUGUUUCUUUUAUGAUUGAGAAGCAGCUCACCGUUUUAAUGCUGCGUGAUUGUUACAUUAUAACCAUUGCAGUAGAGGCAAAGCGGUGAGUGCGUUAGGCGUGACUGUCUCUUAUCCAAUUAAAUAGAGGAAAUAAAAAUAGGCGACAAGCAUUACUUGGUUUAAAACGAAAGUAGCAAUGUAACUGUAACCUCGAAGCCGUGUCUUUUAAGCCUAAUAGUACACUAUGUUAUCUACAGUUGCUUCGCGUGUUUACUGAGCUGAUUUCGCGUUUACUGCAGAAACGGGGAGCGUCGAUAGUGUUAUUCUACCGCCUUACAGAAGGUUUCGAGGAAUUCACGGCUAAAACCGUUUCACCUGGACCAUACUUGGACAUCUUUCAUUUCAUUUUUCCUACUUAGCCAGUUAAGGACCAAAGUCUAGAUGCUGUACGAAAACACGGCUCUAGAUCCAGCGUGUGUCGAAGCGAUCAGCGUAUAUACAAUUAGGAGGAAUCGAGAUACCAAUAUACAGAAAAUAAUCUGUUCUCAAGAUACUAACUAAACAUAUUUUUGCCUCACGAGUAUCACCGGGUGCUACUUUGAGUGGAUGUUUUUCCAGCCAAAUAGGCAAAUGCCCUCUUCUCGUUGACGACUUCAGUAUAAACCGAUUUUCUGUUCAUUGGAUUUGCUGUUGCAGCAAGUGACGUUACAUCCAGCCUUUAAGACCACAUCUUCACUGGAAGGGAGAGAAAUAAUACUACCGCUACUCCAGAGUAUAAAAUACAGAGGAAGGUCCGCUACUGAGCUGUCAGCUGAACAGCUCCACGCGUGGCAUUCAGACUAAGGGAGAAAGCCGUUCGGUCCUCCCACACCUGCAUCUCCUCGUGUCCGCGUGGCUUGGGAUGCCUGGGCGCUGACGCUCACAGCCAAGCGCUCUGAGAGGUGUAAGCGUCGUUGUCGCAGCAGCACAGACCGGCAUGGACAAUUACGAGCUGAGAUCGGCCGCCAGCAUCCUGGCCUCGGUCAAAGAGCAGGAGGCCCGUUUUGAGCGCCUGACCCGCGCCCUGGAGGAGGAGUGCCACAGCCUGGCCCUGCGGCCCACACCCAGCAGCCAGCCCCUGGCCUGGCAGCAGGUGAUCAUGCAGGAGCAGAGUCCGGGGGAGCGGCUUUCCUUGACGAUGAUGCCGGAGCAGGAAGAGCUACAGGAAGCCAGCGCCGGCGUGACAGAGGAGCAGGACGGGGGCACGCCCACCUCCCGCAUGGCAGCGGGGACUGGGGACCAAACCGAGGCCAAGGGCACCAAGCCGGGGAAGAUGGCAUCCUCCUGCACGGGCCGGCCCCCGGCCCUGGGCCCAGAUGGCCUGCCCCUCCCCGAGAGCCCCCCACCGGCGGGCAGCUACACCGACUCCGUCGACCGGCACAACAUGAAGAACGGCAACCCCCAUGCCGUGGCCCAGGCCUCCACGCUGACCCGCUCCCUGAACAGCUACAACUGCUCCUUCGGCGAGAGUCCAGAGCGACAGCCCCUCCAGCAGGGGGCGGGUGACCCCUACGGCACCCUAACUCUGGGGGCGGCCUACCGCUUGCACCCACCCUACACUCCUGCUGCUGCCUAUCUGCUGCCACACCACCUGGAUAGCUUUGGCCUAGUGGCCCAGCCUCAGGCCCCCGUGGAGCCGGGCCGGUCCCCUCCGGAGCAGUACGGGCUGGAGAGUGACCGCAUCAGUUUGGGCCCCGAGGAGGAGGCCGUCUACGGUCUGGAGCCCGACUACGCCACUGCCUCCCGGCGCACGCUGAGCGUCGCCGACCGGGGCAGGCCUGCACGCGAGCCAAUCAGAGAGCCUCUUCACGUCCGGGGGGUGUUUGAGGACCACAUCGAGGCUGAACUGAUAGAGGGGCGACACCCCUACAUCCACGAUGCGUACCAAACGCCCCUGGUGGGCUUAGAGCACACGGCUGGCCCCCGCUCCCCCUGCUUGGACAGUGUCCGGAAAGACCCUCGCUGGCGUGACCCUGACCUUCCCGAGGUCAUUGGCAUGCUGGGCCACCCCGUGGACCCGGUGAAGUCCAACGCAGCUGCUUAUCUGCAGCACCUGUGCUACGAGAACGACCGCAUCAAGAGGGACGUGCGGCAGCUGAAGGGCGUGCCGCUGCUGGUGGGGCUGCUGGACCAUCCCCGGGCCGAGGUCCACCGCAAAGCCUGCGGAGCCCUGCGCAACAUCUCCUACGGCAGGGACCACCAGAACAAGGUGGCCAUCCGCAACUGUGAUGGCAUCCCGGCGCUGGUGAGGCUGCUGAGGAAGACGGGUGACAUGGAGGUGCGGGAGCUGGUCACAGGAACGUUGUGGAAUUUGUCUUCCUAUGAGCCCCUGAAGAUGGUCAUCAUCAACCACGGUCUGCAGACCCUCACCAGUGAGGUCAUCAUCCCCCACUCAGGCUGGGGCCGGGAUCCCAGUGAGGAGUCCAAACCCCGGGACGUGGAAUGGACCACGGUAUUCAAGAACACGUCAGGAUGUCUAAGGAAUGUGAGCUCAGAUGGCGCGGAAGCCCGGCGCAGGCUGCGGGAGUGCGACGGCCUGGUGGACGCACUGCUCUACACGCUACAGUCCGCCAUUAACAAGAAGGACACGGACAACAAGUCAGUGGAGAACUGUGUGUGCAUCCUACGCAACCUGUCAUACCACGUGCACAAAGAGGUCCCGGAAGCCGAGAAGCACCAGGAGUCCAUGGCGGGCCUGAAGCCGAGCGCGGCAGGGUCCCAGAAGAAGAAGAAGAAGGACGACGCCGGCUGCUUCGGGGGCAAGAAGGUCAAAGAAGACUGGUUUAAUCACGGAUGGAAAAAUGGAGAGAGCAAAAGGGCCUAUGACUCCCUGGAUCUGCCGAAACGCUCAGAGCCCAUUAAAGGCUUCCAGCUGCUGUACCAGCCUGAGGUGGUCAGGCUGUAUCUGUCCCUCCUCACCGAGAGCCAAAACUACAACACCCUAGAGGCGGCCGCGGGGGCGCUGCAGAACCUCGCUGCAGGACACUGGACUUGGUCCAGAUACAUCCGGGCUACAGUGCGUAAGGAGAAGGGUCUGCCUGUGCUGGUGGAGCUGCUGCGCUCCCACGCCGACACUGUGGUUAGGGCUGUGGCCAUUGCCCUGCGCAACCUGGCCAUCGACCACCGCAACAAGGACCUCAUAGGGAGCUACGCUCUGAGAGACCUGGUCAACAACCUGCCCAGCGGGCAGCAGCGGCCGGCCAAGAACCUGGAGGAGGACACGGUGGUGGCCAUCCUCAACACGCUGCAUGAGAUCGUGACGGGGAGCUCUGAGAACACCCGCUCCCUCAUCCAGGCACAGGCCGUACAGAAGCUAGUGGCCAUCAACAGAACCAGUCAGUCGCCGCGGGAAACCAAGGCGGCGUCUCAUGUGCUGCAGACAGUGUGGAGUUACAAGGAGCUGAGAAACGUUCUUAGCAGGGAUGGCUGGAACAAGAGCCACUUCCAGCCCUCAACAUCUGCCCUACCCAAAGGAACCAGGAACGGCAAGGCCAGCAACGACGACACCACGCUCCCUUUGAUGGAGAGGAGCCAAGAGAUCUACUCCACCGCGGAUCCAAGGGACCACGAGUGCAGGUACAGGACGGGGGACGGGCAGGCCGGCACUGUGGAACGGGACACGGUUAAGAAUGACUCAAACAGGAAGUUCUUUAUCAGGACUAAUAAGCCAUCAGUGAAUCUGGUGGAUGGCUGUGACCUUAAACCACAGCCUGUUGACUCCUGGGUGUAAAGCAUGAAUGGUAGGUCUGGUUUUUCUUACUUUUUUACCUACUGAUGUUUUUACCACAUUAAUCCAAGAUCAGUUAACAGCUGAGUCAUAGAAACCUCUUAAACAUUUAACUUUACAGCCAGUUCACUGAUUCAUAAGUCCACCAAAUAAUCCCACCCAAGCCACCCAAUGAUAAUUCCUUACACAACCUGUAAAAAAUUUACCUACAUCAAAGUAUAUAAAACAGCUAUUUAUUAUGGAUCUUAUUAACAUCUUUUGGGGAUGGAAGCUGAUCGUUUUUCUGGUGAAAUCACACCAGAUGAAAUACCACAGCACUACACUAAAAGCUUCCACAGCGAGAGUAAAGUCAGCCACAAAUUCUGUUUGUGAUCAUGUUAGAAGAAAUGCCACAGCUCGUCUGUGCGAACUGGUCCCUACACCCUGCUCCCGACCCCACAAUGAAUGGCCAGCAUCUAGGAAGGCGAAAGUGACAGAAGCCUCAAAGUCCAAGCUGGGUCAGAGGUCACCUGGGGAUCACCUUCUUGGAAUGCCUCUUUCCCUGAGGGAUGCAGAGGCUGCAGAGGUUUGGAAAGCAAACCUUGUAGUGGAGCUAGAGCCCCGUAUCAGAUCACCCAGUUCCCCUCUCCCCUGCUCCCUUACAGGCCUCGUGAAGGGUCACGUGACGUCUCCUCAGAGCGGACAGGAUGGUCAGCAUCGCCAUUGCUGUUGGAGACACUGUCUGCAACCUCGAUUGUUUUUUAUUAACCAAACUCUGACCAUUCGGCAGCCAAAGUGGACAAUACUGCAGGCUUCUGCUGCUAAAACCUACAUUCCCAGGAGCACUGUGAAGCUCGCCUCCAGUGCGGGGCCCUUCACUGGACAAGAUGAAAGUGGCACUGUAACGGAAACAAACAGAUCUGCUGAAUGAAAAGGACUGACGAAAUAACAAUGUAUUUGUGUAUAAAAUCAAAAAUCAUUUUGUUUUUAUUGUUUGGAUUAGUGUAUUUUGUCUGUCUACACGGCAGAGUGAAAUCCUCUUUACGCAUCUUUUGUUUUGAUUUACAGGAAUUGCUGUGCAGAUGUUUUCUUUUUGUAAUGUAAUUUUCUAGGAACAUCUGAAUGCUCAACGUAAUGAUGGAUGCUGGGGCAAGGGAGUAUGUUUGAACAGUAAUCCAGAAAACCAUUGGGGUGUCUGAAACAGCUUUAGAAGGGUAAACACUUGAGUAAAUACAUGCUGACUAAAAUAAGCUUUGCAUAAAGUGUUGCACAAGAUAUAUAUUUUUUUUCUUUUGCAGUGUUGACUUUCCUGGCGCAGAACUUGUAGGUGAAUUAAUAAACCAAAGCCAGCGCCGCCUGGUGGACACUUAGGGGAUGACACCAGGAGUGUAUUGAUGUAACUGGCGUUAUGCCGUUUCAGGGGGCCCACAAAUACAUACCGUUGCAGAAGAUUGAGCAGGUAGAAGUUUAAAUGACUUUCUUAAUUUCUUGUGCUCAGUCUUCUAUGUUUUGUGUUAGGGGACAAAAGUUUUUGUCCCAUGUAUUUUUUUCUAGUUUCUUUGAAAUAAGAUGAUAUGAAGACAAGAGUAAAAUAUAUGUGCAUUAAGGGUUUUUGUGCGGGAUGGUUGGAGCAGUGGCGGUGGUGAGGCAUGGUGGAAAAAAGACAACUACAGCAAAACCUCUAAACAAGUUAUAUUCAUCUAAAUUUUAUUAUUGUAUAUACUGUACCAAUUUGUAAGUAAUGAGGAAAGAAAUCUAAAGUUUAGCUUAGCUGAGUGGUUUUUGCUAACUGGUGAAGGAACUGUGUUGGGAAGAAAAGACAACCAGCAUUUUUGUAUAAAACAAGUUAAAAAAAAAAAUCAAGCUCGUCAGCAAAACGUUAGUAGAAUGUGGAACCGUUUGAAAUGGGAGUCUAUUUUUAAUAUGGUGAUAGGAAGAAAGCUGAACGUUGAUCACUGUGUUUUCGAAGGGGAAAAAAACUUUUUAAAGCGAAGGUCCAGCGACACAGAUCUGCUGGGGGACGUUGUGGAGAAAGCAGGGAGGUGAUCAGCAAGACGUACGAGACUUAGAAGACUGUGAGGACUCACUUCUUUUCAGCAGGGACAGGCAUGAUGGACCCUGAUUUGUUUCUUUGUACACCUGUACAACGUUGCCCUUAUGUCUCUGAUGCAUCAUUCUAAGUAUUCUUAGCAAGCAUGAGAAGAAAAAAAAAACUGUACUUUGACAGUGUUUUAUAAUGUUCUUUUUACAUGCCUGUUUUUUUUUAAUGUUUGCUGUGCAUUUAGUUGCUUACAGUCAAAGACAGUCGUGUUUGAUUUGAGACAGAGUUGCGGUGUCUUAAAAUAAAACGUCUUUUUCCCCCCUUUCCUUAAACAUUUGGCUGGCAGUGGAGCUGCCAGACUUUGAGUUUUGUUCAACACACGGGGAAAGUGCUGGCGGGUGCUGUGGGUUGGUGACCCUGUGCCACCAGGGGGUGUGACUGCAGUCGACUUAUGUGGCUGGCUGUGAAGCUGACUGCAGGCUUGGCUCAGGGUUCACAGUGCAUUUGUAUGACAGGCUACCCUGAAGCCUACAGCUACCACACAAAACGUUCAAGGAAGCGUGUAUCAUUUUACAAGACAAGACUGGAGUUUUAUCAACAUAUAAGAGUAGGUUAGUACUGUGCAGUCCAUAAGCACUCUUCACUUAGCCACAGUAUUGCUUUCACACAAAAGGAAUUUGGUACGUAUAAAAAUGAUGGAUCUUGAACUUUCUGAUUAUCGGUGCCUAUAGAACAUGGAAAUGGUGCCAGGAAUUAAAAAUAUAAGGGUCAGGUGCUGUCUGUGGAUUUAAAAAUCAUUAAAAAUAUUCUAAAUGACACUUAGUUGCAGCUCGGUUUGUCAGAAUCAGGUGCCUUAAAGCCAUUCGUAGUGUAAUGACUUGAAACCACAGAAUAAGGGUGACAUAUAUGUACACAUACCUAUGCUAAUUAUUCCCAUCCUCACAUUUGUGUCUGUUAUCUCCCUUUGUUUUCAUUAUAGUCAGAUCUUCUUGCUAUGACACUGUACUAUACAGUUAAAAAAUAAACGUAAACUUUACUCUUUUAGACUAAUAAAUUGUGUAACAUGUCAGUGUCUCACUGGUUUAAAAUAAGAUGUUACACUUACAAAAUAUACUGUGUGUCACUAAUAUUCUAAAGAAAGAGUUUAAGCUGUAUAAGGAAUCUGUAAGUUUGUAGAGGAUUAAAAAGGCGGGUGUUUUUUUCCAAUAAAUAUAAUCUUGAAUAACA